GUCUGCUGGGGCCCCUUCUGUUGAAGGGACACAUCAGCCACCAACAUUUGGUGCUGUCACACCAGUGCAGCCUCCUUGGCCAGAGCUGGGCUGCUGGAUUCUGAAGCUGGGGCUUUUCUGGGGCCAAGCUCUCUGCUGCUUGUCUCUGGUACCCAGAGCCAUGGCUGGGGCUGGAACAAUCCACAGGUGACCUGAGCAGCUGGUGGUCAGUACUUCAGUGCCGUAACUAAAAUUUCAUUUGCUGCAUUGUGAGGCUGUGAGAUGGCAGCAGAAUGGGGCAGCUCAUCACCAGCCUUGCUGGGAAGCCUGGGACUGAUGGAGCCGUGUGGGCAGGAAUUGCCUCCUGCCCAAGUCCCACCCAUGGUGCUGAGCAGGGUCUGUGCUGUCCUGGCCAGGUGGAGAUAUCCACCCAGACAUGGGCACACUGCUCAUCCUAAAUGUGUUAGGGCUGGCUUUGAUCCCUCUGCCUUCUCUCCCUCUCGUCCCCAAGCUCCCCUCUCCUCUUCAGCACCAUGGCCUGCCAAGAGAGUGAGUACCUGGAUGACCAGAAGAAAUGUGUCCCCUGCAGAAAGUGCAUGCCUGGGCAGGAGCUUUCCAAGGACUGCGGUGACGGCAGCGGCGGGGACGCGCAGUGCGUGGCCUGCCCUCCCAGGAAGUUCAAGGACCGCUGGGGGCACCACGGCUGCAAGCCCUGCCUGUCCUGUGCCCUCAUCAAUCGCCUCCAGAAGUCCAACUGCACCGCCACGGCCGACGCAGUGUGCGGGGAGUGCCUGCCGGGGUUUUACAGGAAGGCUCGGAUCAGCGGGCAGCUGGAGUGGGAGUGCAUUCCCUGCACCAAGCAGACGCCAUCCUCCGAGCCACAGUGUCGGUCCAGAACGAGCCUGGUGAAGGUUGCUGUCCCUACUGUACCACCACAGGACACAGCCCUUCUUGCACUGACCAGCAGUGCCCUGGUCAUCAUCGUCCUGGUGCUUCUGGCACUUUCCAUCAUCUACUGCAAGCGAUUCUGGAAAAGCCAGUGCCAGAGAGUCUUCCUGAGGACUCAGAACUUCUCGGGCCAGCGAGCAACGUUCCCAACUGCAGCAGCACCUGGCAGGUUCCUGUGUGAGGAGCAGAUGUCUGGACCCUGCUGCCUGGGUGUGAAGAAUUUGAGCCCUUGCUACAGGCAGGCAGAAGGCCCCGUGGAAGCAGUGCAGUUCAUUUCGGAUGGGGAAGCCGUGGGUCUCCAGCUGCCCUCUCUCCAGCCAGAGAUGGACUUGCCACCAGCCAUUGCAGUCAGCACUGCCUCCAAGGCCCAGCUGGGCAGGAGCCUCCUGGAAAGCCAGCCCCUCAUCCGUGCCUCAGGCCACAGUGACUGCCUGGACGGGGUCCUGCUGCCCCCCACCCCCAGGCAGGGCCGGCCGGGCACGGUGGAGGCGCUGGCCCCCCUCUCCUCCUGUGCCUCCGAGAUGCAGCACAAGUGGCCACAUGCACCCGUGGAGUGCACGGAGCUGGACCUGCAGAAGUUCUCCAGCCAGGCUGAGUUUGUGGGUGGUGAGCGGCUGGAGGAUGCAGCGAGCCGGGCCGUGAAGAGGAUUCCAGCAGAGAGCUCUGGGGUGGUGCAGGAGGGGGCUCAUCACUUGCCCACGGCCGAAAUCCCACCUGGGGAGCAGCCGGUGGAUGAUGCCCAGAGCCUCGUGACUCAGAUCAGCAGCACGGCCAAAGGUCUCCCCAUAGCGGAGCUGCCCCAUUCCUUGGUGCAGUCACUCGCCUUCUUGUUGGACCCUUCCUUGAACGGCGUGAAGAACUUCAGCCACGUGGCGCUGGAGCUGGGGCUGACGCCGCAGCUGCUGGGCCGGAUUUCGGGCUUUGAGCAGCUGGUGGCACACCUGGGGCAGGCGGGGGGCGCGGCCACCGUCCCGCUGCUGGCGCGGGCGCUGCAGCGGCUCCAGCGCUUCGACGCCCUGCUGCUGCUCUGCGACCACUUCAGCGCCAGCCCCGCGCCCGGCCGCCAGCGCUAGGGGCAGGGAGCCACGGGGAGCUGCUGCCGCGUGGGACAGCCUCCUGCAGUCGUGUGAAUCGCGUGGGACAGCCUCCUGCAGUCGUGUGAAUCGCGUGGGACAGCCUC